AUGACCACUUCUCGUGUCGACGAACUAAUCAAUUAUUUCAAAUCGCACAACAAAAUUCGAGAACAACAAAGCCACUCUGCCAAAGUACAUAGUGUAGGAUGGAGUUGCGACGGGAAGCUCUUGGCUUCAGGAUCUUUUGAUAAAUCUGUUUGCAUUUUUUCGCUCUGUCCAGAUCGUUUGAAACAAGAAACAACUUUCAGAGGACAUGGUGGUAGUGUGGAUCAAUUAUGCUGGCAUGCCUUUUAUCCAGAAUUAUUGUCUACUGCGAGCGGGGACAAGACCGUACGUAUAUGGGAUACAAGAACUCAGAAAUGCACGGCAAACAUCAGUACAAGAGGUGAAAAUAUCAAUAUAUCAUGGUCACCAGAUGGUAAUACAAUAGCAGUCGGAAACAAAGAGGAUUUAGUGACUUUCAUCGAUGCACGAGUGAUGAAGAUUCGUGCCGAGGAACAGUUUAACUUUGAAGUGAAUGAAAUUUCAUGGAACAAGGAUUCCGAUACAUUUUACUUGACUAAUGGUCAAGGUUGUGUUCACAUACUUAGCUAUCCAGACUUGGAACUGUUACAUGUAAUUAAGGCACAUCCAGGGACGUGUAUUUGUAUAGAGUUUGAUCCCACUGGAAGAUACUUUGCAACUGGCUCGGCGGAUGCGUUGGUUUCUUUGUGGGAUGCAGAUGAGUUGUGUUGUUUGAGAACGUUUUCGCGAUUAGAAUGGCCAGUGAGAACUAUAUCAUUUUCUUACGAUGGACAAUUAUUGGCUGCAGCAUCCGAGGAUCUUGUGAUAGAUAUAGGCGAAGUUGAAACUGGAGAAAAAAUUGCAGAUAUACCGGUAGAGGCAGCAACCUUUACAGUAGCGUGGCAUCCGAAACAAUAUUUGUUAGCGUACGCAUGUGAUGACAAAGAUACUUAUGAUAGAAAACGCGAUGCUGGCAGUUUAAAAGUAUUUGGAUUUGCUAAUGAUUAA